AUGAGUGAGCUGCACCAGCCUGAGGCAGACCUUCAGGCCCCAGUCCAGGCCCAGGGCCCGGUGGAGGCGCAGCUGUUCGGGGCUGCGGGCGAGGAGGCCGCAUCCCCCUCGCCCUCCUCCUCCUCUUACCCUGUCCUGUUCCAGGAAGAUGCGGAUCCCUUGCACCUAGACCCACUACCACUGAAGGUGGCUGACCUGGUGGCAUUCCUGCUCCUCAAGUAUCGCACCAAGGAGCUGACCUCCAAGGCGGAGAUGCUGAAUAUCGUCUUCAGAGACCACUGGGACCAGUUCCCCAGACCUUCGGUCUUCAGCCAAGCUUGCGAGUGCAUGCAGCUGGUGUUUGGCGUGGACGUGAAGGAGGUGGACCCCCACGAGCGCACCUACGUCCUGGUCCCCACCCUGGGCCUCACCUGUGAUGCAGUGCUGAGCGAUGGGCAGAGGCCCAAGGCCGGCCUCCUGGUGAUGCUCCUGGGCCUGAUCGCCCUGUACGGUGACCACGCCCCUGAGGAGGAGGUCUGGGAAGCACUUAGCGUGAUGGGGGUGUGUGCCGGGAGGGAGCACUGCAUUUACGGGGAGCCCAGGGAGCUGCUCACCAAAGUGUGGGUGCAGGAGGGCUACCUGGAGUACCGGCAGGUGCCCCACUGUGACCCCGCCCGCUACGAGUUCCUGUGGGGUCCCCGGGCCCACGCGGAGACCAGCAAGUGGCAGGUCCUGGAGCAUCUGCUCAGGGUCAGUGGAUGGGAUCCCAGGUCCUUCCCAUCCCUGUGUGCAGAGGGUGUGAGCGAUGAGGAAGAGGGGGCCUGA